AAACUUGCUAUUUAAAAAAAUUCGAUGGGCAUGUCUGUAAUAUUAAACCAAAAAUAGAAAAGAAUGGUGGGUGAAUUAUUUGGUGGAAUAGAAUAUCACCGAUCUGGCGAGGCUUUGUUCGCUCUCUCGGCAUUGCCCUGCUCUCGCUCAUCCUCUCACACUCUAACCCACCACUCCAUCUACAUUCUUGCUCUUCCUUCGGAGUCGCAGUGCAAUGGGAUGCGCGGCGUCUAGGCUGGACAACGAAGACACUGUCCGGCGCUGCAAGGAGCGUCGCCGCCUCAUGAAAGAAGCUGUCUAUUCCCGCCACCAUCUCGCCUCCGCACACGCCGACUACCUCCGGUCCCUCCUCCUCACCGGGUCUGCUCUCAAGCGGUUCGCUGCUGGUGAACCCCUCUCCGUCUCUGAGCAAACCCCUCCCGUCUUACUCCAUAACCACUCCGCCGCUCCCUCCACCGUCUCCUCACUCCCUCCUCCAACCCCUGCAUCUUCUAUUCCCCCACCCCCGGCUUCCCAUUCCCCCUACACUCCCUCAAUCACCAACUCCAAGCUCCCCCACAUCCUGUCCGACUCCAGCGUCCCUUGCACCCCCUCCGCGGUCCCCACUCCCUCAGCCUCCAAGCGUCACUCCAAUCGCUUCACCUCGACCUACGCCUCGACACCUUCUCAAGCCUCCUCCGUCUGGGACUGGGAGAAUUUCUAUCCUCCCUCCCCUCCCAGCUCCGAUUUCUUCAAUCAGCUCAAAGAAGAGGAGGAAGAAGAAGAACAGUCAUCUGAUGAUGAGCCGGAAGAAGACAAUUAUCACGAGGGGCACCAUCUCCCGCACGAUGAUGACGAUGGUGACAAUAGUUCGGCGGUGCACGAUUUCCCCCGUCGGCACUACGGCAGCAGCACAAGCUCAUCGACCAAAUCUGACUGCGACGAGGAGGAAAGGUACUCGAGAUCCGAGGGCACAGCUCCGAGAUCGGACUUCGGGGGAUCGUCGUCUGUGGACGUCAGCGCCCGUGUCCGGCCAGCGCCAUCGGAGAGCGGAUCCACCUUCACCGCACCGAUGAAAUCGCAGCGGCGGGAGAGAUCGGAGUUUGAAUCUUACUCAGCCCGUUGGAAUGGCAGGGACGAUUGUUCUUCCUCCGCCGCCGGGGAUCUCAGACUGGUGGUGCGCCACCGUGAUCUGGCGGAGAUCGUCGAUUCCCUCGAGGAGUACUUUAAGAAGGCUUCAGCCUCCGGCGAGCCUGUCUCCGACCUACUCGAGAUUGGACGCGCGCAGCUUGAGCGCAGCUUCCGGCAUCUCAAGAAAACUGUUUACCAUUCAAAUAGCGUGCUAAGCGCUUUGUCUUCGAGCUGGUCGUCGAAGCCGCCAUUGGCGAUUAGGUAUCAGCUCGAUACCGGUACGCUCGAGGAGUCGUCCGUGGGGAAGAGCCAUGGCUCGACACUGGAGCGGCUUUUUGCUUGGGAGAAAAAGUUAUAUGAAGAGGUCAAGGCGAGGGAGGGUGUGAAGAUUGAGCAUGAGAAGAAGUUAUCAUCAUUGCAGAGCCAGGAAUACAGAGGAAAAGAUGAUGCAAAGUUGGACAAGACUAAGGCUUCCAUCAACAAGCUCCAAUCACUGAUCAUCGUUACAUCUCAGGCUGUUUCCACCACUUCCUCUGCAAUCACACGAGUCCGAGAUAAUGAGCUUGUCCCUCAACUUGUUGAUAUGUGCUAUGGUUCUUUAAACAUGUGGAGAUCAAUGAAUCAGUUCCAUGAGAUCCAGAACAAUAUAGUUCAACAAGUCCGAGGUCUUGUUCAUCGACCCAUCUCCGGUCAGUACACCUCUGAUCUGCACCGUGUAGCCACUCGCGACCUUGAGGCUGCGGUUUCCUCCUGGCACUCCAGCUUCAACCGCCUCAUCAAAUUCCACCGCGAGUACAUCCAUGCCCUCUACGCCUGGGUUAAGCUCACUCUCCUUCCCGUCAGUAGCGACAGUCCUCAAAAGCAGCAUUCUUCCCCUAUCGCCAUUGAGCUCACAGCUUUCUGCGAUGAGUGGAAGCAGGCCCUUGAUCACCUCCCAGACACCGUAGCUUCUGAAGCUAUCAAGAGCUUUGUGAACGUCGUCCAUGUCAUCUCCACGAAGCAGGAGGAGGAGUUCAAGGUCAAGAAGAGGGCUGAAAUAUACUCAAGAGAGCUUGAAAAGAAGUCCACUGCAUUAAGAGCCAUCGAAAAGAAGUAUUACCAAACAUAUUCAAUGGUCGGAGUUGGGAUUCCUGGAGGGGGAGAUGGUCCCGAUGGCCAAUUGCUCGAUGCGCGCGACCCACUUGCAGAGAAGAAAGCCGAGAUUGCAGUGUGUAGGAGGAAGGUAGAAGACGAGAUGGUUCGACAUGCGAAGGCAGUGGAGGUCACCAAGUCGAUGACGCUGAACAAUAUACAGACAGGCCUGCCUGGAGUUUUUCAGGCGAUGACUGGAUUCUCAGGAUUGUUUGCAGAGGCACUACAAAAAGUCUGCCGAAGAGCUGGCUCAGUGAAGUAAUAAAAGAAGCCUGGAACACUUUUUUUUCUCUUAUAUUGUCAUGAUUUCGCUUUGAAAUUCUUCCUGGAAAGAAGCGUAUAGUUAUAUAGUCAUAAUUUGG